CAAAGAUUUGUCGGCCCCCCCUCCUAACUGAAUCGUACAACCCAAAUUCAACAUGGCGGUCGAAUGGUUGAAAAUCCAAAUAUAUGGCAAAAACAACGUACUUUAACUCGUUCUUUCUUGGUUUUUAUUAUUCCCUUCCUUUUUAUUGAUUUAGUUUUGUUUUAUCUGGAGAAUAUGGUUGAAACAGAAGACAAUUCCAGCACCGAGGACGGCUGGGAAGAUGUGUUUAUGAGAAACCGGUUUGUUCCCCCGUGCAGCCAGGCAGUCCGACUGGCUGUGGAGAACCACUCCACCACGUCCCGGGGCUUCCAGCUCCGCCUCAACCGCCUGACAACAGCUCAUCUCCCGCAGGAAGUGUCGGCGGGAGAAGAUGUGACCUUCCAGCUACGGGCGACACUGUUUGAUAGGAAGCAUCAGCACUUCUUUGGGAAAACAUGGAAGAGUUUGCCCCAAAAGAUUAAAAACAACAAGAUUCCCUUCAACGAGGUCCUGUACCUUCACACGUCUUUGCUGGUUCCCAGCGUGCUGGUUGUUCUGGAGCUGGUGUCAUUGUCUCCCAAACCAGUCGGCUCCCACCAGGCUUUGGGGAGAGGCUUCGCACUCCUUGAGCUUUUUACCAACAGGCCAGAGGAUCAAGCUACUGAUGGGGACAGAAGGCUGAAUUUGCACCAUGGAUCACCGCGAGGUCUGCUCCACCCCCUGCUGAAGGAGACUGUUGACUACCACCGUAUCUUGAAGAUAAUUGAUGGAACCUAUUUGGACUGUGGGAUAAAAAAACACCCCUCGUUGGUUUCUGUGAUGCAUCUCCUUCCUGAGAAUGCCCUUGUGACUGGAGGUGACAUUAUUCCCGGGCUUGUAGAUUCUCCAACAGGUGAUGCCCUAUUGAGGCCUCAGCUGGUCAAGAUGAUGCCCUUCAUCCUCAAUAGGUUGACCAUUUCCCUCCAACCUUCCCUGGAGAAGUUCGAGAGCCGUCUGCUGCAGCUCAUCAAUGCCGACUGCCAUAACACGAAACAACCAGGACUUGAGGAUUUCCAAAGAACAGUCAUCAUCCAGGAGAGGAGGCUCCAUGUCGGUGUGCACAAUGGCUGGUGUUUCCUUGAUAAACCCCAAGUGGUGGUGCUGGAGUCCCUUGCUUCAGGGGUCAGAGCACGAGCAGACAGCACUUCUAAAAGCAGCACCCUGGUCACCGACAGAGUGGCAGCAUCAUCCCCUCCUCAGACGCUGGGCCUUCGCAGCAGCUUGGAACUCAGAUUGGCCAAUAAUCAGGCUUUGGCAAUCGUCUUUCAGCUGGAGUACGUCUUCUCUGCUCCAAUAGGCCGAGAGACUAUGCUGUCUGCUACCUCCACAUCCAGAGCUGCCUUCUUGCAGUGCCUACGCUGGGGAGUUUGGUGCCCCUUCCAGGAGCCAGCUGUCUGGAAAGACAUAGAGAUACAGCUUGUUCUGCACGGGGGUGCAACACCAAAUCCUUAUGGAGUGAUGGUCUACAGCACAGAGACCCCUAAAACACAGAGUCCUGAACCCGUCUCAGGUCCAAGCACAGCUCAGAGAUUUUCUUCCCUCAAGGAGCACUCGGAGGAAAAGGAUAUGAUAAGAUUCUGGCUUUUGUCCAGCCUGGGGAAGAAGAUGUCCAGCCCUAGGGUGUCUCAGCGGACCAAGCAGGAGGAAGCAUCACAUCAGAGGAAAUCCCCUUCAUCACCUUCACAGAGUCAAAAGCUUCAGACUUCUCUACCAGAGUCACCUCAAGGUCCCGGGCUCUCACUGUCUCAGCUGGCAGUUACUUCACGCAACCCGACCAUCAGCCACUCCAGAUCGGUGUUGCCUGGGCAACAGUCAUUUCCUUCUCUGCUCCGUCCUUCUCCAUUGGCAUCAGCCCACCAGCUGUCACAUGUCGCCCGCUCUGCUGUCACCAACAUCACCCACCUGGAGAUGGACCUUCAGCGGGUUGGUGAUGAGCCACUUUCAGGUCAGGAGGAAGGAGACCAACUUCGGGAGCUUCCCUUCACCCCUGUCCACGCUCCUGUCAUCACUCCGGGGAUGAGCGUACCAAGUUCCUGUUCUGUCAGCUCGAGGAGCUCGCUGGCACACCUCUUUUCUGCUGGCUUCCCUGAAAUUGCAGACUCUAGUGGCCGGGUGGCAGACGUCCUGGACCCCACAGCACCUCUGUCCUUUGAUUCUCAGCAGGAGGAGGCUGACCUUUUACAAGGAAACCUGCUGGUGUUUCAGUUUCUGGCAUUUACCAGAAUACCAACAGCAGGUGUUGGUCCCGACUGGCCUGGAAACAUUUUUCUCACCUUCCAGUUUUAUCGUUUUCCUCCCGUCACGUCGCAGAAGCUUAAACUACUAACUGGUGACAAGGCUCGGCACAAAACCAGCGGCUCGCUUCCCUGCAUCCUGGCCUCCAUCAACAAGAACGGAUCUAUUAAUUCUGGUUCUCCAGGUCUGCAGAUGCAGUUCAGAGUAGAUGGUAGCUUCCUGAGGCCAGGGGAGAAGCCCUGGUUUCUUCGCUAUCUGGCCCUUCACACCAUGCACAUCGACAUUUGGGACAGCGACUCACUGCUGCUCAUUGGCUCCACUGCUGUCGAGCUCAAGUACAUGCUGCGUCAGGGUAAAUCUGCAGUGCAGGCCCUGCAUGAGUUGGAAGUUCUGACCACGGAUUAUGUAGGACAGGACACCUUACUGACUGAUACAGAUUUGGGUCGACCCUCAGCAUCCGGCCCGAUGACUGUUCAAACCAUUAUCAGAGGCCUGCUCUACGUACGCACCGGCAACGUGGGAUGUCCAGCUGAGCCAGACAAAAGAAAAGCUGUGGACGACAUGCCGUCUCAUUCUCACAUCAUCCGACCUCGUGAAGCCAUCAGUGGUUUCAGAGGAGGAAGUUUGUCUCCAAGGAACAUCUUCCAGCACAACGGGAAUAAAUUCUUCAUGGUGGCCUCGGUCUAUUUCACAGCCGGCAACACCGCACAAGUACACAGGCUGAAGAUGGAUGAAGAUCACAUGCGGUUGUACAGAGACAGGAUCAGAGCGGAUGCUGUCAUCCCUGAAGAGCUAAACCUAAACUCGCAGCGCCGGAAGCUGGAGUGCAUGGCUGCCGUGCGUCGACGAGAGGCCAAGGAAAAUUCUGAAGCAGCUGAAUCUUUGGGUCAUGCAGAGGAGGUCCGGUUCACCAGUGAAGUCAAACCCAAUGAAGAAUACAAAAAGGCAGAGGGGAUUGCCAGCAUGCUGAGCCUGGCCAUCACCACCCAGCACCUCCUCUACGCCAGCUUGGGCUCUGCUGAAUACAUGGAGUUUGUCCUGAAAAAUCCCUUUACUGUUCCCCAAACUGUCACGAUUCACAGUGAUGACUCAGAGCUAAGUGUCAUCACCGACACCGAGGAGUGGCGUUACUUCAAAGCCCUGACCAAAACUCCUACUCAAUUGGAGGAGAACAUGUUUCAUGAGAAGGAAGGUGCAGCAGGUCCGGCGGUUUACCUCCGGCCUAAAGAAACUGUCCACAUUCCUCUGAAAUACCAGAGCUUCACAUGCAGCCACACCAUGGCCACCCAGGGACCAAGCUUCCUGCCUUCAGGCAAAGGUGCUCAAACAGCCAAAAGGAAUCAGUCCAACAUCAUUAACGCCAAAACUAUCAAGGUCACGUUCAAAGCCGAUGAUGGGAAGCCAAUGGCCAUCUGCCAAGUGAGCGUGGAGCCAACACCUCACGCUGUGGACCAGACGUUCCGACUUUACCACCCCGAACGUUGCUUUCUUAAAAAAGCCAUCCGCCUGCCACUGUGGCACGACCCCACAGAAACCCCAGAUUCCAGGACUCAUAUUUCUGUGCGCUGUAGUGACCCUAACGUCAUCUGCCAGACAAGGAUGCUGGCGUCGGAGGAGCCUCAGGAUGUGUACUUGAAAGUGCCCGGGAGUCCCAGUCCACACAUCAAAACGUUCUUUGUGAUGGUUUUCACCGAUAGGCGGAUGACAGCGCCCUCCCAGAUCUGGCAGGUGUACGUGCACUUUCUGGAGCGGGUGGACAUCAGCUGUGUGACUGGCCAGCGGAGCUGUCAGUCACUCGUCCUGAGAGGAAAGCAGACCACUCGCAAGAUUAAAUGUUUCUCAUCGCACCCCAAGGAGGCUGAGGUGGACCCGGCUGGUGUGUUUGUUUUGCCUCCUGCGGCUGUGCAGGAGCUCCAGCUGAAGGUGCAGCCGUGGCAGGCCGGCAGUCGCUUCCUGUAUGUGAACGCCGUGGACAUGGACCAGCAGCGGCUGGUCACUGCCUGGCUCCUCUGUCUUAAUGUCCACCGUCCUGUCCUGUCUAAGGCGUUUGAAGUGUGUGUCCCGGUCGGCGAUGGACGCGGCAGCUCCAGGAAAAUCUCCUACACCAACCCUUACACCAGCAGCCGUACCUUCGUGCUCCGCUCUGACCAUCCGGACCUGCUCCAGUUCAAGGAGCAAAACUUCCGGGUAAGAUUGGCGGUGGAGAGACCUACACCAUUGGACUCCGGUUCGCUCCCAGCCAGAGUCCAGGCUCAGCAGAGAUCCUGAUCUACGUGAACAACCUGGAGGAGAAAACCGAGGAGACUUUCUGUGUCAAAGUCAGCUAUUCAUGAGUUGCACCAGUGAAACAACAAAUCUACUUUCAUAUCAGAACUUACUUCAGCUAUUUGUAGAACGAGCUCAUUUUGCAGGUUGUUACAACUAUUUUCUGUAAACUGGUUUCCACUGUAAUUUGUAAGAAAUAAACGAAAAGUGCACGAA